GGCGGCAAAGGUUCGUCAUUCUGUGCGGGAGGGAGCGCGAGAGCGGCGAGGACGAUCCUCCGGUGUCCCAGACCUAGCUAGAGGUCAGUAUGGCUGAGCAGGAGCCCACAGCCGAGCAGCUGGCACAGAUUGCGGCUGAGAACGAGGAGGAUGAGCACUCAGUCAACUACAAGCCCCCGGCCCAGAAGAGCACCCAGGAGAUCCAGGAGCUGGACAAGGACGACGAGAGUCUGCGCAAGUACAAGGAGGCCCUGCUGGGCCGUGUGGCCGUGUCUGCCGACCCCAACGUCCCCAAUGUUGUGGUGGCCCGACUGAUCCUGGUUUGUAGCACCGCCCCGGGCCCCUUGGAGCUGGACCUGACAGGUGAUCUGGAGAGCUUUAAGAAGCAGUCCUUUGUGCUGAAGGAGGGUGUGGAAUACAGGAUAAAAAUCUCCUUCCCGGUGAACCGAGAGAUCGUGUCCGGCAUGAAGUACAUCCAGCACACGUACAGGAAAGGCGUUAAGACUGACAAGACCGACUACAUGGUGGGGAGCUAUGGGCCUCGGGCGGAGGAAUACGAGUUCCUAACCCCCAUGAAGGAGGCCCCCUGUCUCUCCUCCACCCUUCCAGCCUGCUGGCCCCAGCCUCCUCGGUGGUCUAGUGUUGUUGCUGCUUCCGCCUGUGCUGUGGGGAGGGAGGUCUACACCUCCCCUUCUGUAUCCCUUGAGGUUCCCCCACCGUCCUAACCCGACCUGAGGACCUGGCAAGGGAGCCAGGCAUUGCAGAGGGGCUCAGGUCCCCUGGGCCUUCUCUGUUGCCCCACCUCGUGUUCUGGCACGCCCUCCUGGUGGGGGUGGGGUGUACCACGUGGGGCCUCGUUGGGCCGGUCGUCCUCCAGCUUUCACUUCUCCCCGGUCAGUCCAUCCAUCUGUCAGUAACCGUCUAACCAUGAUGCCUUAACAUGUGGAACGUGUGCCGAGGGGGCGUCACUAAUCUCCUAACCCCGUGUCUGCAUGAGCAUGUGGUCUCCCCCAGUCCCUGCCCCGCCUGUGAUCCCCGUGGCCCGAGAAGGUGUGUGGGAUGUGCUGCUGCAGCUCCCCGGUCUGCCUGGGCCCGGUCAGUCCCCCUUCCCCUGGCCAGGGCUGCGGGGACGGCUCCAGGGGCUUGGGAAAGCCAAAUGCCAAACCUUGAGCGGCCUCCAGUCCCAUCUGGGAGGCUGGGUGUCCUCACACCUCUGCCUUCUCUGUCCCGGUGGGCAGUGCCUAGAGCCCACGGCCCCAAGAGAGAGCCCUCAGCAGACAAAACCAGUGGCCAAGCCUUACCUGUCCCGCCUGGGCCUGCCGGCCUGGAGUCACGUGCCUGGCCUGUCAGUAUUUAUUGCCUCCAUAUGUGCCGUCCUCUGGGCCCACUGGCCUGCUGCCUCUGCCCCCAGGCUCGGUGCCACCAUCCCCAGCAGGCCAACCGGGACCCAGCCAGGACAACUGUGGGACCAAGCUUGCACAGCUGGAGCCGUCCCCUGUGCCCCCCACCCCACCCUGCCCCUCCCCGGUCAGGCCCGGGCCUAGAAUGCAUAAGAGCCUGUCCUGCUUCUCCUUUU